AUGCAAAAAGAUAUUUUAAUAUUCAGUACUUUUAUUAAAUUAUUACUUUUCCCAACAUAUCGGUCAACCGAUUUUGAAGUACAUAGAAAUUGGUUGGCAAUAACACACAGUCUUCCCAUAUCCAAAUGGUAUUAUGAGGAUACAAGUGAAUGGACAUUAGAUUAUCCGCCAUUUUUCGCAUGGUUUGAAUGGGUUUUAUCAAAAUUUGCAACAUUUUAUGAUGAUGAGAUGGUUAAAGUCGAAAAUUCAAAUUAUUCAAGUCAAGAAACCAUUUAUUUUCAACGAACAACAGGCAAUGAUUUAUUAUGUGGGAUAACAUUUGCUAUUUUGUUGAAUUUCAAACAUAUAUUUCUUUAUCUUUCACCAGCAUAUUUUAUUUAUCUUUUGAGAAAUUAUUGUUUCAAAAAUACAACUGAUAUUAAAGAAUCUAAGAAUUUUUCCAUAAAGAAUUUUUUAAUCCUUGGUGCAUCUGUAAUUAUAAUAUUUUUAAUAUCUUUUGGUCCAUUCAUGUAUCUAAACCAAAUUGGUCAAGUGCUUGGUCGAUUAUUCCCAUUUAAAAGAGGACUUUGUCAUGCUUAUUGGGCUCCAAAUUUUUGGGCUUUAUAUUCAGCUUUAGAUCGAGUUUUAAUAGUCGCUGGCAAACAAUUGGGAUUGGAAUUAAAUGAAGCUGCAGUUGAUUCAGUCACAAGAGGUUUGUUUUCAUUAAUAAAAUUAUGGAAGUUCCCAACAUACAUGAAUUUCCUUAAAUCUUUGAUUUCUUGUGGUUAUAGUUCAUUUUUGUUUGGUUGGCAUGUACAUGAAAAGGCUGUUUUGUUGGUUUUAAUUCCUUUUAGUUUAAUUGUUAGUGAAAAUUAUCAUUUAUUACGUACAUUUAUGAUACUUUCUACUUCUGGAUUGAUUUCUUUACUUCCUCUACUUUUCAAAGCAACAGGUAAAUGUGAUAUUUAA